AUGGAACAUACUCAAAGAUAUAAGAGCAAGGGACCAGGAAUUAUUCUUACUCCUGAAGAAAAGCACGUAUAUAGCCAACUUUUUCAAGCUGCUGACGAGGAUAAAAAAGAUGUGAUUACUGGAACAAAUGCCGUUAAAUUUUUUGGGAAAUCUGGCUUGCCUGCACAAGUAUUGAGCCAAAUCUGGCAAAUCGCUGAUAGUGAAAAUCAGGGCUUUUUGACUAAACAAACCUUUAGCGUCGCAAUAAAAUUAAUUGCUCAAGCUCAAAAUGGCAAAUCAUUCGAUCCGGCAAACAUUAACGCUGACGUACCCCUCCCUCGGUUUGAAGGUGUCUAUGUUGAACCGUAUCAAAAGUUCAGUGGACCAGAUAUAGCAACUAAUAAUAUAAUUACAAAUGAAGAUCGCGAAAAAUAUAAAGCCAUGUUUUAUAAACUCAAACCAGUAAAUGGCAUUUUAGAUGGCGAAAAGGCUAGAGACAUAUUUAUGAGAUCGAAAUUAUCUGUUGAAAAGCUUAGUCAAAUUUGGACUUUGGCUGACACAAAACGCCGCGGACAAUUGGAUUUGCCAGAGUUCAUAAUUGCUAUGUCUUUGAUACAACAAUCCAUGAAUGAUAUAACCAAAACACUUCCUACUGAACUCCCAAGUGGAUUUUACGAAAUGGCAUCAGGAAUAGUUAAAAGUAGCCCAGCUUCGCCAAAAUCUCCACCUUUUUUUGCUAGACAUGUGGCAGCUUCAGCUGGUUCACCUAGAUCAGGACAAUCUCCUGUUAUCGGACAUGCUUCAUUAAAUUCAAAUAUAACGACGUCACAGGAUAAUUCCUGGGAUGUAACUGAAAAAGAUAAGGAAUCAUAUGAUCGGUUUUUUGAUACUCUCGAUGAAAAGAAGAGAGGCUUUCUCACAGGUGCCGAGGCAGCCAAUUUCUUUAUGAAAUCUAAUUUGACUCCAGAACAGUUGGCUCAAAUAUGGGACCUUGCGGAUGUUAAUAAAUCUGGUCGACUUAAUCGAGAUGAAUUUGCUGUUGCUAUGUAUUUAAUUAAUAAAAAACUGACGGGUAAUCCACUACCUGCAAGUUUACCGAGGAGCCUAAUCCCACCAUCAAUGCGAUCUAUAUCUGCAAGCCCAUUUGCUGAUUUAAAACGAGCGUCAACUAUAGUUACUGCUGGUAACAAUAACCUUGGAACAUCAAGUAGAUCGCAUGCUGCUUCUUCUCAAUUAAGCGAUUCUGAUUUAUUUUUUGAUUCAUCACAUCAUGUUGCCUCACCUAGUCCAUUUUUUUCAAGUACUUCUCAGAAUAUUGAUACAGCUGUAAGCGAAAUCGAUCUACUUGGUGACACCGAUAUAAAUACUAAGGUGGCACUUGAAAGCGGUGAAAUAAAAAAUUACAAAUUACAAUACGAUAAUUUAAACAAUGCGGCUUCCGAGCUCAAAAUCAAUCGGGAAAACAUGGAAUCUAAUAUGUCUGUAUUGGCUACACAAAAGCAAGAUAUGAUAAUACAGAUUUCACAUAUCCGUACAUUAUAUGAAUCAGAAAAUAAAGCUAUGAGAGAAGUCAAAGCUAAAUAUGAUUUGGAACAUGAAAGUGUUGAAAAGGUCAGACAGGAACUUUUAGAUGCAGAGAAAAUACUUAAAGCGUUACAACUCGAAAGAGAGCAAUUACAAAUAAAUAUUCAAAAGGACCGGGAUGAAACACUUGAUAUUGUGAGAAGGAUGAGAUUCGCAGAAGAAGAAACCGUGACCAUUAAAGCUGAGAUAGAAAAGCUCAAAAAAGAUGAAAGACAACAAAAAGGACGACUUGCUAUAAAUAGGAAACAAUUAAUUGCUGCUGAGGGAGAUAAAGAAAAGUUAUCCAAAACCUUGCAAAGUUUUGAAGAUAAAGACUACUCAUCACAAGAUGCAAAUGAUCAUCCAUUUAGUACUGGGGUAUUUACAUCUCAAGCAUUUAAUCAAUCAAAUACCUCACAAUCGUCGGGAAAUGAUUUCAAUGAAUCGGGUAGCCUUCAAAAAUUAUCCAAUCAUAGUCAUCAUGGUUCUUUAUCUUCAUUAAGUGGAUUUGGUGUAAAAAGAUCCACUUCAAAUGCAUCCAUUGCCUCCAAUUCAACGUUAGGAACUUCAAGCAUCAAAUCGGCACCUUUGAAUAUUACUAAAUCAGAUGAACCUUCCUUUGAUAAACCUGCAACUGUAUCAAGUUCUAAACCUACUGAAUUUGAGAAUCUUUUUAGUGAUCAAUUAUUAAGUGCAUCAAAAGAGGUUACAUUUACUGCUAAUGUUGCAGAAAACAAUAACGUUGCAAAUCCCUUUGAUUCUAUCUUCAAGGAUCCUUUUGGUGGGCUUGAUAACGAUAAAUCUAUUCAAAAAAACGAUGAAAGUGUACCACAACAAAACAUAGUUAAAGAAAUUGAAAAAACUGAAACCGAUCCAUUUGCAUCAUUUUCAAACAUGAACAAUACACCAGCAUCUGGAAAGUCAGGUUUUGAUUCAACUUUUCCUUCUACAUUUGCCGUGUCAAAUUCUGAUAAUUUAAGUUCUGAUUCAUUUACGAAGGAAUUUCCUACUUUGGAAGAAAUUGAAGCUUCUGUAACAUCUAAUUUGGGAUUUGAUAAUGAUUUUACUAGUUUCAAAACUAAUACCGACGAGAAUUUAUCGAAUCAGAAUAAUUUGUUUGAGAGCAAUAGUUCAAUUCAAAAUGAGAAAGCCGAAAUUAUAAAUGAAAAUAAAAGGGAAUCUCAAGAAUCUAUACCAGUAAAUAAUGUAGAAUUAGGAAUUAAGAAUGAUAUCAAAGAUACGAGUAAUAUUUCUAAUAAGGAAUCCGAAUUUCCUUUCGCUAUAGUUUCUGAUUCAGGAGAAUCACACGAGACUAUUCCACCAGUUCAAGAUGCUGAAACUUGGGUUGCUAUAGAAAGAUCUGCUACAAAUACUGCUACACCACAGGAUGAUUUUGAUGCAGCCUUUGGUGAUUUAACUGAAGCCAAAGUUACCAAAACUCCACCUAUACAGUUUGAUGCUGGACUUGAUGAUGGGGAUUUUGAAGAAGAUGUUAAUUUUACCUUUGAUGUUCCUUCAACCCCCGCAACCCUUAAUAACACUGCCACAGCCUUAACAACUGAUGGUUUUUCGAGAUCAUCUACAAAGGAUUUUGAUAAAACAUUUGAUGAUUUUGAUCCAUUUUCACCUCUUGCGGUGGCUUCUAACAAGCCUAAAUCUAAUUUGGAUGCAGCUUUUGGUGAUAUUUCUACUCAACCACCUAAAUUAAAUUCUGAUAUUGGUUUUGACGAUGCCUUUGCGGAACUUAUUCCAUCUUCUAAUACUGAUAACCAAUCCACUGCAUUAUCAACAGCAUCUCAAAAAAAUUUACAGUUUACUGGGGUGGCUUCAGAUGAUAUUGAUGAUGUAAAACGACUUUUAGAUUUUGGUUAUUCCAGAGAUAAAGUUAUUGAUGCUCUUGAACGCAAUAAUUAUGAUUUUGAAAAAUCAGUUAAUUUUCUGGUCGAUAAUUGUUCAUAG